ACAGCAUCUGUCUGUCUACACCGUUGUCCGCAGGGUGGUAUUGUGUGGUUGCAUGCAGUGAGAAACUGCGGACUGGUGAUUAAGCUAGCUGAAUUGCGAUAGUCUGUGAAAGGUUUCGGUCGAAGGCGUUUGUGUUUUUAGAGUAUCCACGCUUAACCGGUUCGGUCCACGAAUACAGCCUUUCUAUCGGAGAAGAACAAUGGCCCUACGGUUCGAUGGGAACAAGCUGCCCUACAUUGAUCUAGGCAAAGACGUCCAUCUGAAGUUGGACUUCACCGAAUACAGCGAUAAGAAGUCUCUGGACAAGGCCCAGGAAGAGCUACGAGAGACCCCUGAAGUUGUUGAAACUGCACUCAAGGAACUGAGAGUGCUGCUAAGCGAUGACAAAGACCUCAAAGUACCCAUUGAAGACGAUGCGUUCCUCAAGAAGUUUCUACGCCCCAGAAAAUACUAUCCGGAAAGUGCUUAUGAAUUGUUGAAAAGCUACCAUAAGAUGAAAACAAGGAAGGAUUUUGUGAUGGACAACAUUUCGACCGAAGCCAUCAAGAUAGCCCUGGAAGAACGAGUUGUGCAGCUGCUUCCAAAUCGCGACUCGCAUGGACGGAGAAUAAUCUUCCUGGAGAUGGGAGGAAAGUGGGACUGUUCCAAAGUGCCAUUCACGGAGAUGAUUCGGGCAGCCCACGCGUUGCUGACCAUUGCCUCCCUGGAGCCUCUGACACAGCUAAACGGGCUGAUCUACAUCGUCAACUUCGACAAAAUGAAACUCUCACAGUUGGGCCAAUUUUCACCCAAAUUCGUCAAACAUUGCCUGGAGUACGGCCAAAAGAGCGCAUCGAUGCGGGUGAAAGCAAUUCACAUCAUCAACAACGCCAAGGUGUUCGAUAUGCUGUUCACGAUCUUCAAGCCGUUUAUCGGUAAAAAGUGGAGUCAACGGAUAUUACUCCACUCUAGCAAUAUGGCAUCAUUGCAUAAACACGUCGAUCAGAGCUGUUUGCCGACUAAUUUGGAAGGAAGCUGUGAGUAUCCCGAGAUGGACGGAAAGGUUCUAGUGGAGUUUCUGGAACAUUAUCAGGAUAGAUAUGAUGCUCUGAACUCGUAUGGAUAUGCUGAUAAGUCAUAGAACGCCUUAUAGUUGAAUUCCUGGAUUAGGGUUCCUGAACUACACAUGGUCCCGGAUAAGACGAAGCUCAGUAAAAAGAGUUAGGUCGUACACUAUAUGCAGCAAGGUUGGUGUAAAGUAUUCAGAUGUUGGCUGGUUUAUUGUAAUUUAAAAUAAAUGGCAUAAUAAAUAAAUUAUGUUAUAGGAAUAACAUCAUGAAGGACAACAUAUACAAA